UUGUAGGGUAACCAGUGGAAGUAAGAUUGAUGCAGCGAACGAGGAAACUUUAAAGCAAGAGCUAAAAGAAAUCCACGAAGUAGCUGGGACGAUUGACGAAAUGAAACUGAAAAUGGAUGAGCUGAAUAAACGUGGUAAUGCACUGCUCGAUCGUUAUCGUGCUGAUGAAGGCCAUAACCUGUCACAUGCUACAUCAAAGCUGAAUACAUUGUGGAGUAAAUUUAAUGAUAAUGUUCGUAUUCGCCGUGCAGUACUGGAAGCAGCUCUUCGAGCACGAAGUGAUUUUCAUGCAGCGCUGGAGCAGCUGGAAACGUGGAUGGAUGGCGUGGAUGCGUCAUUAACGCAACUAAACGAGGCAACAUCGAAUAUCCAAGCACUCAAGGAUUCCAUCAAACGUAAGGGAUGGAUCGAAGAUGAAAAGAAUGUCCGAGUUGAUAUGGAUGCUCAUCGGGAUGUCAUUCGUUCGGUGGAAGAUAUGGGCUCGCAACUGAUACAUCGAGUUGAGGAUUCCAAAGAACGGGAACGACUUGGCGAACGACUGAGUCAUGUCAGUAUCCGGUGGAGACAUCUUGUUGGACUUGCUGAUGCUAUCAGUUCCGGUGUUUAUGAGCAAGGCGAUCUAUGA